UUCACUUUGUACACAGACACAGAGUUCACUUGCUGCGCCAUAAAUGUGCUAUUUUUCAGGAUAAAACAACUGUACUUGCUGGAAAGAUGCUGAAAUUUGAUUGGCCAAAUACAUCUUAUGAAGAAAUCACUACAACUAUAAUGGCAAAGAUUGAAAAGCGACAGAAGAACCUGAAACUGAAAAGCAAUAUGUGCGAGCUUGUCACUGAAGAUGGUUGCAAAGUCUACCUGGUUGGUACAAUUCACUUCAGUAAGCAAAGCAUCAAAGAUGUACAACAGGUCAUCCAAGAAGUGCAACCAGAUGCUGUGGUGUUGGAAGUUUGCCAACAUAGAGAACAACUGUUAACAUUAGACGAACAGUCAUUAAUAAAUGGAAGCAAGACGUUUGACACAUGCACAAUGCUCCAUUCAAUAAAGCAGUUUGGAUUGAUGCAUACGUUGUGGUCAAUGCUGUUUCUGAGAAUUACAGUUUAUCUGAUUGAAGAGCUGGGCAUGGCCCCAGGUGGGGAAUUCAGGAAAGCUUUCAGAGAGGCUCGGAAAAUACCAUUUUGCAAUGUUUAUUUGGGGGACCGGUCAAUUUUCAUCACUUUCCAAAGAGCUGCUGCUGCACUUUCCUUCUGGGACCUGAUGAAGGCAUUUAUAGGCUUCAUUUACGUCAAAUCCAACACUGUUUCAGUUGGCAAAGUGAUUAUGAAGGAGCUGAAACAAAAGCAUAGGCUGGAGGAAGAAAUCCAAACGACAAUGAAGAAAGUUCCCGAGUUUUAUCGUGUUUUUGUAACAGAACGGGAUGCCUAUUUAACACAGGCCCUGAAGCAAGCAGCAAAGCCUAUAAUACUACCGAAAGUUUUACGAUCUGAUACUCAGACAGUUAUACCAUCAGUUGUGGUAGGAGUGGUUGGAAUUGGCCAUGUGGCUGGAAUUAAGAAGAACUGGAACAAAGAAUUUGAUACUCAGGAAUUGGAUCGGUUGCCAAAUGCUUCUCUGUUUACAAGAGUUUUGCAGAUAUCUUUUAUUGUUACCAAAUAUGGCCUGAAGAUGAUCUUCUAUUACAAAGCAGCACAAACAUUGAUUUGGUUAUUUUGGUAAACUUGGAUGAUCGAUUUACUUUAACAGCAUUCACUGCAACUGUAUAACCUUGUGAACAUGAGACUGAUGUUGUCUUUUUGUUGGGAAAAUCCUUUGUUUUAGAGUGAAUUACUGAUUUAUGAACCUAGGUUAUAAUGUUUACGUGAAAUAUGACUUUAUUCUGUUUUCUCAGAAUCUAAUUUGUUAACGGGGCAAUGACUGGAGAGCAAAAAAAGCAUUGAAAUGUGAAUUUAAUUGCUUUCCUACAACAGGAUAUAUAAGAAUCAGGCUUUUCUAUUGUAACCAUGAUAAAUUCUACAAAUAGCAAUGUGAUGCUGUACCAUGUAACAGGCAGGGAAAUUCAGUGAUAUUAAAAUUAUUCAGUUAUGUAGCAGUAAGAAAUUGCAGCAUCUGACAUUGCACAAUGUGAAACGUAGGCUAUUAAGUGGAGAAAUUGCUACUGUGACUUAUGAAUAUGUUAUAAUUAUUUUGCAUGACAAAAAUGUAUGUUGUUUUAUUCAAAUAUGGGAUGUAAGACUGUAGUUAUUUGUAAAUUUCAAUCCCAAGUGAUUCUGGGUUGUGCAAUAUGCUUUUUUUCUUACUCUGCUUUAUGCUGUAAUGCACCCAUUUUUUGAUUGCAUGUAAAAUGUUGCUGAUCCUAAAUUGAAUCAAAAUAAAUUUUUGAUCAUUCUAAA